CCUCAGCUGCUGCGUACACACACACACACACACACACACACACACACACACACACACACACACAUAUAUAUAUAUAUAUAUUCAAGCCAUAUAUAUAUAUAUAUAUACACACACACAAAUCUAAGACAUAAUUAAGCGCAGUUAAUUAUAUAUAAAUAUAAAUAUAUAUAUAUAUAUACGAUAUAGAGAUCGAUCGAUCGGGAUCGGGAUUAAGUGCGGUGAUCAUGGCGGGGGGGCAGGCGCUGCUGUCGACGGAGAUCGUGAACCGCGGGGUGGAGUCGACGGGGCCGGACGCGGGGUCGCCGACGUUCUCGGUGCGGGUGCGGCGGCGGCUGCCGGACUUCCUGCAGUCGGUGAACCUCAAGUACGUGAAGCUGGGAUACCACUACAUGAUCAGCCACGGCGUCUACCUGGCGACGAUACCGGCGCUGGUCGUCGUGUUCAGCGCCGAGGUGGGCAGCCUGAGCAGGGAGGAGCUCUGGAGGAAGGUGUGGGAGGAGACCACCUACGACCUCGCCACCGUCCUCGCCUUCUUCGCCGUCCUUGUCUUCACCGUCUCCGUCUACUUCAUGUCGCGGCCCCGCCCCAUUUACCUCAUCGACUUCGCCUGCUUCCGCCCCGCCGACGACCUCAAGGUAUCCAAAGAGGAGUUCAUCGAGGAGGCGCGCAAGUCCGGCAAGUUCGACGAGGAGAGCCUGGCGUUCCAGGCUCGCAUCCUCAAUUCAUCGGGCCUCGGCGACGAGACCUACGUCCCGAAAUCCAUCUUCUCGCCGGGGAACUGCGCGACGAUGAAAGAGGGCCGCGGGGAGACCGCGGCGGCCAUGUUCGGGGCCCUGGACGAGCUGUUUGAGAAGUGCCGUGUCCGGCCCAAGGACGUCGGGAUCCUCGUGGUGAACUGCAGCCUCUUCAACCCGACGCCGUCGCUGUCGGCGAUGAUCGUGAACCACUACAAGAUGCGGGGGAACAUUCUGAGCUACAACCUGGGGGGGAUGGGCUGCAGCGCCGGCAUAAUUGCCGUCGAUCUCGCGCGCGACAUGCUGCAGGCGAACCCGAACAACUACGCCGUCGUGGUGAGCACGGAAGCGGUGACGUUCACGUGGUACUCGGGCCGGAACCGGUCGAUGCUCAUUCCGAACUGCUACUUCCGCAUGGGGUGCUCGGCCGUGCUGCUCUCGAACCGCCGGAGGGACUUCCGGCGGGCCAAGUACCGGCUCGAGCACAUCGUCAGGACGCACAAGGGGGCCGACGACCGCAGCUUCAGGUGCGUGUACCAAGAGGAGGACGAGCAGCGUAAGAAGGGGCUAGCCAUAAGCCGAGACCUAAUGGAGGUGGGUGGGCAUGCACUGAAGACCAACAUAACCACGCUGGGCCCGCUCGUGCUGCCCUUCUCGGAGCAGCUCCUCUUCUUCGCCACCCUCCUCUACCGCCACCUCUUCCCCUCCGCCUCCUCGUCCUCCUCCUCCAAAUCCGGCACCGGCAACAAUAAGGCCACCUCCGAAUCCGCCUCCGCAUCUGGUACUUAUAUAUAGAGUCCGACCGAGAUACUUCUAAAAACAAAAAAGUGCUCGUCCUAUAACUUCUUUUGAUCGUCAAAUCAAAUCCUAUAUGUUCUUGAAUUAUGCAUAUAAUGAUAGAUUUUCAAUGUAACUAAUCAUAAGCACUAAGAUCUUAGUGCUUUUAAAAACAUUCCAGCUCAAUCAUAUAUACUGCAACAGGUACGAGCUCGGCUAUCUUGAGGCUAAAGGGCGCGUCCGCGGCGGCGACCGCGUCUGGCAACUCGCAUUCGG